UCCUCAAAUCCCCCCUCCCGGGGGGCGGGAGUGAGCGCGCCUCUUUCCCCGUCCUCGUGGCGCGGGGCCUGCCGGGAGGUGUAGUCCGGGCAGACGCCCCGCCCUUUCUGCGCCCAGCCGGGCAUGCCGGGAGUUGUAGUUCCCCGCCCGGGCGCAGAAAACACACACACACAGAGAGAGAAGGAGGAGGGGCGUUGCGGGGUGGCCGCGAUGCAGAAAUACGAGAAGCUGGAGAAGAUCGGGGAAGGAACCUACGGGACCGUCUUCAAGGCCAAGAACCGCGAGACGCACGAGAUCGUGGCCCUCAAGAGGGUCCGGCUGGACGACGACGACGAGGGGGUGCCCAGCUCGGCCUUGCGGGAGAUCUGCCUCCUGAAGGAGCUCAAGCACAAGAACAUCGUCAGGUUGCAUGACGUCCUCCACAGCGACAAGAAGCUCACUCUGGUCUUUGAGUUCUGCGACCAGGACCUCAAGAAAUAUUUUGACAGCUGCAAUGGGGACUUGGACCCUGAAAUUGUCAAGUCCUUCAUGUACCAGCUGCUCAAGGGCCUGGCCUUCUGCCACAGCCGCAACGUCCUGCACCGGGACCUCAAGCCCCAGAACCUGCUCAUCAAUCGGAACGGGGAGCUGAAGCUGGCGGACUUUGGCCUGGCCAGGGCCUUCGGCAUCCCCGUCCGGUGCUACUCGGCCGAGGUGGUGACCCUCUGGUACCGCCCGCCGGACGUCCUCUUUGGGGCCAAGCUCUACUCCACCUCCAUCGACAUGUGGUCGGCCGGGUGCAUCUUCGCAGAGCUGGCGAAUGCAGGGCGGCCCCUCUUUCCAGGCAACGACGUGGACGACCAGCUGAAGCGCAUCUUCCGGCUGCUGGGGACCCCGACCGAGGAGCAGUGGCCGGGAAUGACCAAGCUCCCCGAUUACAAGCCGUACCCCAUGUACCCGGCCACAACCUCCCUGGUCAACGUGGUGCCCAAGCUCAACACCACCGGGCGGGACCUCCUCCAGAACCUGCUGAAGUGCAACCCGGUGCACCGGAUCUCGGCGGAGGACGCCCUGCAGCACCCCUAUUUCACGGACUUCUGCCCCCCCUGAGGACACCCCCUCCCCACCCAUGAAGCCCCUUUUGGAUGCAGGGGAGGGACAGAAGGAGGGGGGCUGCUGGUGCGGCCCCCCUUCUCUUGGGACCCGCUGAGCCCCCUUUUCUCUCCUCCAGGAAGCGGUUGGGGUGGGGUUGGGAUUUGGGUUGGGGGGCUGGCCUGCCUCUGAUGUGAAUAUUUGUGACUCCCAUAAAGCACUUCUUCCCUCCCCCUC